AUUCCACCAAGGGUGUUCCACAAAUUCCCAAAUCUUCUAUAUUUGAUUCUUUUCCUCGUUUCAGAUUUCCUUAACAUUGAUCUUCCCCGGACCUAUUGUGAACUCAACGUCCCGAUGGAAUGAAAUUCACUUUCGCAGGUAUCACCAAGUCGGCUGAAGCAUUAUAAUUAGGAUGCCGAUUCGCGUCAAAUCGCGUCGCCUACCGACGCCAGACCGUGGUCUAUCGCCCAUCUCGUCACAUCCAGAUGUUCAACUUCCCGAAAUCGAAUAUGAUGAUACCUUCCGUGAUGUCGUCAAGAAGUUGUCUCUAUAUAUCGCCGAUGUUGUUUAUAUGCCAAGCACUUUUGAGCAGCUUCGGACCACCACAGCUGGCGAGGAUCUACGUACCCUUGUUGAACACCUUAGUACUCGGGUCACCAAUCCCGCCAUCGUGAAUGCUUUACUGGCAUUGCGGUGGCAUUAUGGAGCGACCAAUGAUGGCCGGGGAAUCAGUGAAGCCCGUGCGAACGCCUGCGAGAUUGUUGCCUGGCGAUUUUUAACCCGUUUAUCGGAGCGGGAAGCUGUAGAAUUUUGUCUGCAUGAGAUUCCGGAUGAAUCAGAAGGAGAAAGUUCCUCCCAUGCCGAUGAACCCGCAGAUGGCGGCGAAAGCAACGAGAGGACGUCUCUGCUGCGUCACGCAUCUGGGUCCUCCUCGCCAGACCAUUACUCUGAUUUUAACCGCUCGGGAUCUUCGAGACGAAACAUGUUAAUCAAGUCACUCUCUAAGUUGACCAUAAGCCGACACGCUAGUAAUAUCGAAGAACUCGAAGAAGACCCUACUACGCCUUUCAUACAUCUAAAUGCCCUAGAAAUCGCGGCCAUUGCAGACGCGAAGAGAUUUCUUAGCCAGCACGUUGUGCAGAAGAUUAUCACGGGCAUUUGGAAUGGCGAGAUCAUCUUCUGGGACCGCCUUUCAGUUCAUUCGGAGAAAAAGCCUCGGUUUUACAAUGCAGUUACAGCUGAUCCCUUUUCACGCCUUCGAGUGCCGAAAUACCUGAAAGCUUACGAGGUUGCAUUUUUCAUCGGAUUUUUAAUGUUAUAUUACGGUGUCUUGAUUGAGCAGAAUCGAUACACUAUCACUCCCUUGGAAAUACUGCUUUACAUCUGGUUUGCUGCCUUCUUUUACGAUGAAGUUAGCGAGUACAUCGAUGCUGGGUCCAUCUUCUACGCUGCUGACGUCUGGAACCUAUUUGAUAUGAUCAUGAUAGCUAUAGGAAUUAUCUUCGCAGUACUGAGAUUUGUUGGGUUAUACCAGGAAAACUAUACUCUUGUUGAUAUUGCCUUUGACGUCUUGUCGCUAGAGGCCCUUUUCAUGGUACCUAGGGUUUGCUCCAUCCUCAGUCUAUCCCCAUAUUGGGGUACUUUAAUUCCCUGUCUCAAGGAGAUGGCGAAGGACUUUUUGAAAUUCAUGGUCCUUGUCAUUAUUGUAUAUGUCGGGUUCUUGACGACAUUCUCUCUUGUUGGGAGAGAGAUGUUCACAUUCCCACACAUGGCCAUGAUCGUGACGAAGAUAUUUUUUGGGUCUAGUUACGUUGGAUUCGAUAUAAUGGAGGACAUUGAUCCAAUAUUUGGACCUCCUCUAAUGCUUAUAUUCGUCACCCUAAGUUCCAUAUUGCUUAUGGGUUCCUUGACGGGUAUGCUGAGCAACAGUUUCUCUCGCGUUAUCACUCACGCCCGUGAGGAGUAUCUGUACGUGUAUAGCGUAUACGUGCUUGAAGCAUCUACUAGUAAUAGGCUCACACACUUUUACCCGCCGUUCAAUCUCCUCGCGCUAGGCAUCUUCAGACCCUUACGUUUAUUCCUACCCUCGGACGAUAAAUUUCGACAGGGCCGUAUUGUACUCCUCAGAGCAACCCACGCGCCAAUUGUCGGAGUUAUCCAGGCUUAUGAAUGGCUCACCAAGAAAGUCAAUCCGGAUGGUUUCGACAAUUUCCGUGGCCCACGGACGACUUCAUUCAAUAAAAGACAAUCAGCCCCACCCCUUGAUCGUUUUGAUAACAGGCCGCGGUCAGGAUUUCGGCCACGUAUGUCAACAUCACGACGUACGAGCGCUGAAGUCAUCAGCAAGCCAAAGCCUCGGCAAGAAGAUGCAGAAGAGUAUGCCGGAGAUGCACCUACUGACACGGAAGUACAAAUUUCAGAAUUAUCGGCUAAGAUUGAUCGGCUCACUGCCUUAGUUGUGUCUCUUCAGUCUGGUGCUGGUAUCGACACUGUUCGCACAUAAGAAGAAUCCAUGCAACACUACGUUCUUCAACCUAGACAAACCUAAUCCCUCGUAUUAAUGAGCAGCAUUCAAUGCACUAUACACCUAUCUUACAAAAUCGGCCUUUUAUAUCGCUACUAAUUUAACAACGCCUACUUUGCAAUUUUAAGGAACACUAUAUCAAAAGCACAAUUCUCUCUGUAGGACGUUAAGAGCAACAUAUCCGCUCUAUAUGUACCUAUGAUGGACGACUUGAACGAAUGUCAUUAUUCCGAGGUGCAUCCAUUAGAUACCUAUU